CGCAUCUAGAUGCAUGCCCUGUGCGAUCUCCUAACUUCCGCACUGCUCACCAUCAACAUGCGCUUUACACAAAAUCGCCAUCAGCGCCUCUUUUACAUUACAGAAGCAAUCUUCAGAGGACUGUCAUUUUGCAAAGCGGCAUUUUGAGGUUAUGUCGCAUGGUGAUCAAUCUCAUUAUCCCUUAUCAUUAGAAACAUGGUCCGAAGUAUCUCCAGAAUGUCUGAAGGUCCUAGACGAAUCCGGGGCCAUGCUUCUAGUAAUGCCACUUGCAUUCCUGAAAGAUGGAAAAGUUUCGCAAUUCGGAUACGUACUCGAUUGUAUACGCAGAAAUUUUGAGGAGCCGGGGUCGCUUCUUUUCCAGAAUGCCAUAGUGGGAGAAGACGACCCGAUACAAGAAGGCCAAGCAAUUUUUCUCCGCGAAGAUGGACGCAAAGAUCCGUGCACGCCUCUAAGAGGACCUCGCUUUAAGUUCAAGUAUCGUGCAGCUGUCGAGGGCGCAGAGACCAGCACGAUGAGCAAUUCGAAGCGGUCAACAGCAAAUCAGUCUCAUUUCCGUCUUGCUCUGGUUGCGCGAGAUUUUUCGUGUUUGCUUUCUGACGCUGAUUACGAGAAAUGCACAGCUUGCCACAUUCUUCCCCAAUCAAGGCCCGAAUAUUAUGAGGAAGUUCUUGGGAAUCAGGCACGGUAUCUGUUCUCUCCAGCCUACGGAUUACUACUUCGAGACGACCUGCAUCAUUCUUUUGACAGAGGCGAGAUAGCACUCCUACCUCACCAAGGCCAAUACAUAGUACACAUUUUCAAGUAUGACAAGGAUACAGCAAGCUAUCACGGAAAGAUCCUAGACAUGAAUCGAUUUCGAGGUUCAGCGAAGACACGACCUAAUAAUGACUUGCUGCUAUUUCAUUAUCAGCAGUGCUCCAUGAAAUAUCUGCGCGGAUUUUCCUUUGGCAUGUGACUUUACAAUUAUCUUGGCUUCUUCCACCUUAUUCAGAUACAAUUAGCCGUCAAAGCGUAGAACACUGAAUGUGGUGUGUUGCUUCUUGAAAGCGUAUAGAACUUGUCCAAAGGUACGUCUUAUAGAACCGUUUCCGAUGCUAGACGGGCAAUUCAUCCAUCGAAUUCACGCACACAAGGGUUUCCUUUUUCCUAUUCAUUGGACGCUGCGCUAAUGCUUGUACCGUGGUAUUGCUCUUCUCCAUCCACUGCGGUCAAGCUGAGCAUGCCCACGGAUGUUUGAAAGACUUUACUCGGAUCAACGCCAACGAAAUGGCAGCUACAGAUGCCGUUGCCCAUACUUGGUGAGUCUGUGGGAGGACACUUCAUCGCUCACAAUCCAUCUUAAGAAUAGAUGCUCAUCGUGCCAAAUUGCAGAGUAGUAUCCUUUCGAGAGAAACCGAGA